UACGCCUAUGCUUCAUGUAAGAUGGCAGCCGGAGAAAACAGUGGGAGGCCUCCGUGCCUCAAUUUCGCCGGCCCGGGCCCUCUUGGAAACAGCCAACCCAGCAAUAGCAUUUUCUCCAUGCCGGCAUCCAACGGCGGGGCGCUGGGUUCGGCCAGCGGAGCCCAGGGAGCCACCCGGCGCUCCAACCCGCAGCUGGGGCCUGGCGGUGUAGACGGCAACGGCGUUCUGACCUCCGGAGCUCCCCCGAGCGCCCAGGGCUCACUUCAGCCGCCGACCGCUGCGAGUGCGGCGGCCACCGGAGGCAUGGCCACCCCGGCGUCCAACAUGGCAACUAUCGCGGCGUCGAACGCGGCUCCGGCGGCUGCACCCACCGCCACUCCGGCUGCGGCGUCGGUGUUGGUGUACCGAGAACCGGUGUACAACUGGCAGGCGACAAAAAGCACCGUGAAGGAGAGGUUUGCGUUUUUGUUCAACAACGAAGUGCUGAGUGACGUUCACUUUCUGGUGGGCAAAGGAAUGGGAGUUCAGAGGAUACCCGCACAUAGGUUCGUUCUGGCUGUUGGAAGCGCCGUGUUUGAUGCCAUGUUCAACGGCGGAAUGGCGACAACAUCGACAGAAAUCGAGCUUCCUGACGUGGAACCAGCCGCCUUCCUGGCGUUGCUAAAGUUCUUGUACUCUGAUGAAGUUCAGAUUGGGCCAGAGACCGUGAUGACCACACUCUAUACUGCCAAAAAGUACGCCGUCCCAGCACUGGAGGCACACUGUGUGGAGUUCCUCAAGAAAAACUUGAGAGCGGACAAUGCUUUCAUGUUGCUGACGCAGGCGCGUUUGUUCGAUGAGCCUCAGCUAGCCAGCCUCUGUCUGGAAAACAUCGAUAAGAACACGGGAGAUGCUCUCGCCGCUGAAGGCUUUACAGACAUUGACCUCGAUACAUUGGUUGCGGUGUUGGAAAGGGACACUUUAGGAGUGCGGGAGGUGCGUUUGUUUGGAGCUGCGGUGCGUUGGGCGGAAGCAGAAGCCCACAGGCAACAGCUUCAGCCCACCCCAGAAAACAAGCGCAAAGUUCUGGGAAAGGCCCUCACACUCAUCCGCUUCCCACUCAUGACAAUCGAAGAGUUUGCUGCUGGCCCGGCUCAGUCCAGCAUCCUGACUGAUCGAGAGGUGGUGAGUCUCUUUCUUCACUUCACAGUCAACCCUAAACCUCGCGUGGACUUCAUCGAUCGACCUCGCUGCUGCCUGCGUGGAAAGGAGUGCAGCAUCACACGCUUUGGACAGGUUGAGAGUCGCUGGGGCUACAGUGGGACAAGCGAUCGCAUACGGUUCUCGGUAAACAGGCGGAUAUUUGUGGUCGGGUUCGGCUUGUACGGCUCGAUACACGGACCGACGGACUACCAAGUCAACAUUCAGAUUAUUCAUACAGACAGCAACACUGUACUGGGCCAGAAUGAAACGGGCUUCAGCUGCGACGGGUCCGCCAACACCUUCCGAGUCAUGUUCAAAGAACCGGUGGAGAUACUGCCCAAUGUUAACUACACGGCCUGUGCUACACUUAAGGGCCCGGACUCUCAUUAUGGGACUAAGGGAAUGCGAAAGAUAACACAUGAGUCAUCCACAACAGGCACCAAGACCUGCUUUACCUUCUGCUACGCGGCGGGUAACAACAACGGCACCUCAGUAGAGGACGGACAGAUUCCCGAGGUCAUCUUCUACACAUAG